AUUCGUUAGACAUGCACUUUUUUGAAUCGAUUGUUUCCCUUUUUACAAAAGUAUUAGUUUUGUUGAAUCAUUUUAUUAUUAAAACACUUAAACCCUGCAAAUUUUGAGCAUGAUUUGAAUAAAAUAACCUUAGUUUCUACUCCACCAUUUUCUGUCUUCUUCAAUUUUCUUUUCACCUUCUCUCAUUUUUCUCUUUUUCUUUGGAUAUUGUUUAAUGCUUGUUUUACGAUUAUUUCAACUGUCUAUUUUGUAUCCGAAGCUGCCAUUGAUUAUCUAGGCAUCUUCUUGGAUUUGAUCAGCUCACUUAGUUGCUUCUGACUCAGCUUAUAUUGUCAGAAACAUGAUCAUUCAUGGCUGUCUAGUUCACUUCUUUUAACUACUUAUAGCUUUAAUUUGCCUUCCUAUAAGGCCUUUAUUUAUAAGGAUCACGAAGGAAGCAUCAGCUUCAGGUGUAUGUGUUUCAAUGGCCCCCAGAGGGGAUUUCAAAGUUCAUGAAGUUGCACAAAGUAGUUUCAGGCAAGCUCAUUUUCUCUUCACUUGCAUUUCUGAUAAAAAUCAAAAGAGAAGCAUUCAAGAAGUGAGCCUGAUAGCUCAAGGUGCAGUAAAUGAAUUCAGAAAUCUACUUACUCUUCUUGAUGGAUCAACACAAUCUGAUCAUCCUAAGAGAAUAAAGAAAGGUCCUUUGCCACUUUCCAGUGUCAAGAUAAACCCUGUCGAAUUGAUGGAUAGUCCCAAUUCUAUGCCUUUGAUCAUGAGUUCUUCAGGGUGCAAUAUUAGGCAGUUUUUCCCCCUUCAGACUAUUCAAUCAGCCGGUUCAGUAGCCCCCACAAAUAGUUUCAACUUGUAUGUGCAAAAACACAAGACUAAAACCAAUACUGAUUUCAGAAACAGUCUGGUCAUGAAUUCAUCAAACCCCUCCCCAUUAAAGCCGAUAAGAACAUCUUUUUUAAGCUUGGAUGAUAGAAGUGGUAAGAGCAAGAGAUCAGUUGGUUAUUCAUCAUCUGAAAUUAUGGCAUCUAGAGAUGAUUUUACUAUGCAUAGUUCAAAGUGUAAGAGUGAGAUUAAGAGUGAAGAGACAAAUAGUACCAAGUGUCUUGCCUCAACUGGAGGAUGUCACUGUUCAAAGAGAAGGAAAAUGAGAAUCAAGAAAAUAAUUCAAGUUCCUGCUACUUCAAGUGGUAAAUUAGCAGACAUACCUCCAGACGAUUACACUUGGAGGAAAUAUGGACAGAAACCCAUUAAAGGAUCUCCUUAUCCUAGGAGCUAUUACAAAUGCAGUAGCAUGAGAGGCUGCCCUGCAAGGAAGCAUGUCGAACGAUGUCUGCAAGAUCCGGCUAUGUUAGUCGUCACCUAUGAAGGAGACCAUUCUCACUCCAAAAUUCCGCUCCAAUCACCCAACAUUCUUAUUCAGGUUUAACUAAAGCAAAGCAAGUUCCAGUUUCCUUGGUAACAAGCCUGUGUUGGUGUAUUAUUUUCUUGUGUUUAUAAGACAUGUAUGCUUCUCUGGUUUAUAUAAUUGGAACUUCAACUUCAGUAACAGAUUUCUACAUCUGUUACGUGUAUAUUCGCUCUUUUGAGAGUAUCUUAAUGAUGUUUUAGAUUAUGGAAUCUGAACACGAAAAUGUAAUCCCUAA